AUGGACCACUUCAUCGCCACGCUUCCCCAUCUCUCCGGCGUCGUCACCGUGUGCCUUGUUGAUAAACUUGUAGCUCGGCUGACAUGCCUCGUCUUCCUCACAACGGCUUUGUUCCUCGUCGGCCGCCGCCAUAAAACCGGCGAUGCAGCGGGCCUCCUGCAUAAACUUGCAGCACCGGUGCUGGCUCUGGCGCGGAAGAGAGGUCCCAGCAGCCAGGGCACCCGGCGCGGCCUGUCCAUCCAGGUGACGGACCGCGCGGUGGCGCGACACGCCCUGGUGCAGCACAGCGUGGCGUUCCUCGACCGCCCGACGGGCACCGUCCCGAGCACCAUCCUCACGCGCAGCCGCCACUACAACAUCCUCUCGGCGCCGUACGGGCCCUACUGGCGUGCCGUCCGGCGCAACGCGGCCGCCGGCGUGCUGCACCAGUCCCGCCUCCGCCUGCUCGGCGAAACCCGCGCACGCGUGCUAGGGAACCUCGCGCGGGCGCUCAAGAGCGGGGCCCCGGCUGGCGAGAGCCUUCACUUCGCCGUGUACUCCAUCCUCGCCGAGAUGUGCUUCGGCAAGGACGUCGUCUUCGAGCUCGGGGAGACCCGCCUCCGCGCUAUGCAGAAGUUCCAGCGUGACAUUCUCCUUGCGUUGCCCUCCUUUGGGAUGCUGGUGAGGUACCCGAGGAUCAGCAAGCUCCUUUACCCGUCACGGUGGCGUCAGCUUCUCGCCCUCCGGCGACUGCAAGAAGAGUCGUUCCUGCCUCUCGUCGCCGAGAUUAAAGACCGGAAGGCCAGCCGCGACAGUACCUUCACGACUUACGUCGAGUCCCUCCUCGACCUACGUUUCCAUGAAGAUGGUGACAGGGCAGUCACCGAUGGCGAGCUGGUCAGCCUCAUAUCGGAGUUCCUCGGCGCCGGCACCGAGUCCACGGCCGCGGCGCUGGAGUGGACCAUGGCCAACCUCGUCAAACACCCCGAACUGCAGCAAAAGCUCCGCCUCGAGGUCGACGCCGUCGCCUCGGGGGACCGCACCAUCGAGGCGGCCGACCUGUCGAGCAUGCUGUACCUCAAGGCCGUCGUGCUGGAGAGCCUCCGUCGCCACCCGCCCGUGCCGUUCGUGCUGCGCCACGUGGAAGGGCAGGACGCCGCGGAGGCGCUCGGUGUGCCCCGCCUGCCGGACGGUGGCGCGACCGUGAACUUCCUCGUCGGCAAGAUCGGCCGCGACCCGGUGGCGUGGUCGGACCCGAUGUCGUUCACGCCCGAGCGGUUCAUGCCCGGCCGGGACGGCGACGGCUUGGACCUUACCUGCACGAGGGAGCUCAGGAUGAUGCCGUUCGGCGCCGGGAGGCGCGUCUGCCCGGGGAUCGCGCCGGCGAUGCUCCACCUGGAGUACUUCGUGGCGAACCUGGUGAGAGAAUUCGAGUGGUGGGAGGCGGACGGCGAGGAGGUCGACCUCGCCGAGUUCCGCGGGUUCUUCUUCACCGUCAUGAACCGCCCACUCCGCGCGCGCCUCGUGCCGCGGGACGCAGCUGCCGCGGCGCGGCCGGAGAAGUGACGUGACGAUCGUAUUGUUAGUCAGUAUAUAAUC